ACACACACACACCACGCAUAUAUACACACACCACAUACCGGAUUGACAUCGCAGAACAAGUGAACACACACCCAGAGAGAGAGAGAGAGAGAGAGAGAGAGAGGAGAAGAAAAGGGAAAACCACACGCAGAGAAAAUAAAAGCGGAAGUGUGUCGGUGUGUCGCGCGCAGGGAUCAUGUCGGUGCUCGCGCUACAAGAGUACGAAUUUGAGAGGCAGUUCAACGAGGACGAGGCAAUCCGGUGGAUGCAGGAGAACUGGAAGAAGUCCUUCCUGUUCUCGGCGCUCUACGCAGCCUGCAUCCUUGGUGGCCGGCAUGUGAUGAAGCAGAGGGAGAAGUUUGAACUGAGGAAACCUCUGGUGCUCUGGUCCUUAACACUCGCUGUGUUCAGUAUAUUCGGUGCCAUUCGCACGGGGAGCUACAUGACGUUCAUCCUGAUGACUAAAGGCCUGAAGCAGAGUGUGUGUGAUCAAAGUUUCUAUAACGGACCCGUCAGCAAGUUCUGGGCGUACGCCUUCGUGCUGAGUAAAGCACCGGAGCUCGGUGACACCUUGUUCAUCGUCCUGCGUAAGCAGAAACUGAUCUUCCUGCACUGGUACCAUCACAUCACCGUGCUGCUCUAUUCCUGGUACUCGUACAAAGACAUGGUGGCGGGCGGCGGCUGGUUCAUGACCAUGAACUACCUGGUUCAUGCUGUCAUGUACUCUUACUAUGCGCUAAGAGCGGCUGGGUUCAGGGUGUCGCGCAAGUUCGCCAUGUUCAUCACGCUUACUCAGAUCACCCAGAUGCUGAUGGGCUGCGUGGUGAAUUAUCUGGUGUACCAGUGGAUGCAGCAGGGCCACGAGUGUCCAUCACACUUCCAGAACAUCAUCUGGUCCUCGCUCAUGUACCUUAGCUACUUCGUGCUCUUCUGUCAGUUCUUCUUCGAGGCUUAUGUUAACAAAACCAAAUCCAAGAACACCACCAAGAAGAUCCAGUAAAAAGAAUGACCAAAAGAUAGAUUCAAAAGGGUUGAGGAAGAUAAAUAAGAGGACCAAUGGGAGGGGUUUACAGAACCUAAGUUGAUCUAAGGUUGAGCUAUGCUUGUGCAUACUGUAAUACUAACACACAUACAACCCCCCCUCCACCAGGGGGGGCUCUACUGAGCUGCACUGAAGAAUUACUAUUAUUAUUAUUAUUAUUAUUAUGAUCAUAACUGAGAAAAGUGUCUUUAUGUGAUGUUUAUGUGCCCAAUGCUAUUCCUCACAUAAUAUUAAAAGUGUCUACAUAUAAAUAUACAAAGAGAGGCGAAUUUAAACCUGAAUAAGGGAGUGUGAUAAUGAGGGAAGGAUGUAGAUUUAUUGUCUAAAUUGUUCGUCUUUAAGGUUAAUGUUAUUAGCGUUAAUGUUCCAUUUUAGUUGUUUGUUUUUUAUGGAUUAGAUGCUAGAGUGAACUUAGCAUAGUUUUGUACAGUAGACGCAUCAACGCCGCAGUGUUUCUGUGUGUGUUUGUAUGUGUUUCGUGUUCGGCAUCGCAGCACCAGAUUCUCUCAGGUUGUCGCGGAGUGUUCCACUCGAUGUGCAUAUCAUUUAGGAAUGAAAAGAGAAAAUCCUAAAUGAUAAAAGAUUAACGAGCUGAACUAAUCACGUAGACCUGACAUUUCAAUGCCAAUGAACAAAACCAAUGAAAUAAUCAUUAAAAAAGAGAAAGACUAAAAAUAAAAAGACAUUUGGGUGUGAGUGCUCAUCCAUGCAGCCAUCAAAGCCAUUUAUCCGAGCCCUUAUUGCCCACUAGGGGCCAUGACGUAUUACUUUCUGUGGCUGAAGGUCAGUGUCCAUUGUCCUCUGCUCUGAAAACCAAGUGCAGAAGAAGGCCAGUGCUGUGGACCCGAGCGUGUGUAAACCUGCACCAUGUCUGUGUUCUCUAUAAUAAACCUGUUUGUUCAA